ACCCAGUAAUGUGGUUUGUCAGUGAAAGCAUAACAAACGUGAUUUGUUUCGCCGCAUUUAUGAUAUUGAAUAAAUAGUGCCAUACAAUUAAAUCACACCUCACACUGACAUAAUAACUUCGUAAGUGAAAGUGAUCUAGGUUGUAUAUUCUGAUGUGACCCUUCUUAGUUUUCUACAAAUAUCUUUUUUUUUCUAGUCGCCAAAGCAAAACUUUAAAACUUUGGCUUAAAAAAAAUAAGCGCGUCGGUUUGGCAACGUCGCGUCAGCGUUGUUUCUAGCCGAAGGUUUACGAAGUUCAGCCGAACUCGGCGGGUGAGCGAACAAUGGCGCCAUGCCGCCGAACGAAGCGGGGCGAGCGGGGCGGACCUGUCGCGACGACGGGACGCUGACGGUAGCGUAGCGCCAACAGUUUGCUUGUGCAUACAGCUUGGUGAACCCGUACUGUUUAACGGUUCUAUUUAAUUUUGAAAAUCUGACACAAUAAAUAUUGAGAAUAUCAGUUAAUUAUGGACGUGGGGCGAUUAAUUGAAUUAGUAAGACAAAACGUAUUCCUUUAUGACAUCAGUCAUAGAGAUUACAAAAACCCCAGCCUUAAAACUGCCACGUGGGAAUUAAUUGCAAGCGAAUUGAACGAAUCUGGUGAGACUUGCAGACACAAAUGGAAGACUGUAAGAGAUAGUUACAUCAAGCACAAGAAACUAUUGAAAUAUACGACUGGCAAGAAACUUAACGAGUACAUCUGGGCUUCACACUUGAGUUUCUUGGAUAAACAUCAGGUGAAUAGAAGAAGUUUUUAUCAUUUGGCAAAUGACGAAUCUUAUUCUUCUCAACCAACACCUACAGCGGCAAAAGGGUCAGAUAAGCUUCAGAAACCGGUGCGGCAGGAGUUGGCGUCGAUGUUGGCGAUUUCACCACCACCCUUGGCGCCAUUGACAUCUUCGAAAGAUGACAGUUCAUUUAAAUUCCAAGCUUUAAAGGAAGUUCGGAACAGUACAGACACUACAACCGCGACAAAAAGACUGGGAGAAGUAGACGCGACUGACCUUCUGUUCCUGAGUUACUCGAGUACAUUCAAAACGUUCUCAGGCAGACAACAGGCACUAAUGAAGAUUCAACUUGCGAAGUUAUUUGCUAACGCUGAACUGGAGAAUUUGGAUAAUGCAGAAAAUUGUAGAGAUGAUUUAGAAAGAAACGGUUCACCAGUUAUUGUUAAAACUGAAUGUUACAGUGACCAAGAGAACAGUCGGAAUAGUCAGUCGACGACGUCUUAUGAAGAUGAUGACGAAAAUUCGGAUGAUAAACCUCUGAAGCGAAUACGUCGUAGUUCACCGACAUAGUCACUAAUUAUUAUUUUGAUAAAUGUGAUUUAAUAGAUUGUUUUAUGUCAAAACUUAAUGCUUAGAUAGGUUAUUUCUUAAAUUUUAUUUACAUGUCCGUCCUGU